UCGAACUAGAAUCAGAGAAUUCUAUUACUCGCGAUGACGAGAUCAGUGAAAGCAUGCCUGACCAGCUUUCCGAUAUUAAUUUUAAUCAUCACGUACCUACAUAAAGGUGCAGUGGUGUCUAGCCUUUUUUUUGUGGUUGCUUUUCUUUUCUUCCACUUCCUGUCUUUACUCCCCCUGGACCUCUCAAGUUCCACCUCAAAACAUGUUGUCUGGCGAUGUAGCCACCGUCGCGACGGUAUACGGUGCAAUCCUUCUGGGCACUUGCAUUGGCUGCGGCCUCACUGGCAUUGUGUUCGUGCAAACCGUCUUGUAUUUCAAAUUUUACCCCUCGGAUUGCACACAAAAUAAAAUUUUGGUCUUGGUCGUCUGGGCACUGGACAUGAUGCACACAAUCCUCAUCAUCGUUUCCGUCUGGGAGUCUGUCAUCGUUAAUUUCAAUAAACCAGCAAUGAUGGAUGUUAUCCCAAGGUCCUUAGGUCUUUCUGUAGCUAUAACUGCCGCGGUCACCUUCCUCGUCCACUGUUUCUUCGCAAACAGAGUUCGUAAACUGACAAAGAAGUGGUAUUUCGCUGCACCCCUUGUCUUCUUGGCAUUUUUGCGUCUCCUCGCUGCAUGUAUUUCGACAACCGAAAUCUUGCGACUUCGCCACUACUCGCUAUUUAUCAAGCCAUUCCCAUCAUGGGUGUUCACUGUUGGUGUCACCCUAUCUGCAUCUGUGGAAUUCAUUAUCACCGUCGUCAUGGUCACAUUCCUCGGACGGAGUCGCACUGGUUUCGCAACCAUGAACCACAUCAUCAACUCAUUAAUCUUGUAUACACUCGAGACUGGAAGUUUUACUUGCGCUGUCACAAUUGCAUCCCUCAUUUGCUGGAUGGUUAUGCGACAUAACUUGAUCUUCCUCGGAAUGCACUUCGCUAUCUCGAAGCUGUAUGCCAAUUCCCUUCUCGCCACACUAAACACACGCAAGCGCUUGCGUUCAGACCAUACCUUCUCGAGUCAGCGCGAGGCUGAUGUGUACCCUGCCUCGAUGAACAUUCACAAAUCAUCGCAACGUAUCUUGGGUCCUUUCUCACCUAACAAGAGUGCACACUUGAACGUCAAUGUUGAGACCACCGUCGUGUCUGUCAUUGACGAGCCUUGCGAUGACUACGACAUGGUAGACAUCGAAUCCAAAGGCUGUGACACCGCAUGCGGAACAGAGAAGGACAGUAAGGAGUUUCUACAUUAAUCCCUGCUUUCUGUCUACAAUCCAUGAGCCGCAAUCCUCAGGCUCCUCACUCGGCAGGCCCAGCCACAAUGGGAAUAUGACUGAUAUUGUAUCGCGCGACAUAUUGAACUGCGCUGCUCUCAGUUUUGCCUUCCUGUAGUAUAGUAUAGCUAAUAGCUCCACCACGCUCCUUGCACAUUACACUCGCUCGUUCUGACUACUCCUUCGACGUGUAUCCUACGCGUACAUCUCGCACUUACUCGUACGGCGUAUACACACCCCUACUCUAUUGUAUAUUCGAACCCGCUGCUUACAUUUCAUUAUACUGGACUCUACCAGCACUUGUAUCUUUGGCUCCAAUUUUCAUUUCCUGCUUUCGAGGUCGUUUUUUCCUGGUAUUUGGUUCGGUUGAGAGUAUUCGUCGUAGUUGAUUGAAAAUUAUAUUUGCUUGGGAUACUA